AUGGCUUCGUCCCUCCCAGAGAAGUCGGAUUGGUCUGCGCCAGCCUCGCUGGAGGACCACAAUGUGUGUUCCACUGACAUGCCAGCUGGGAGCAAGGCCAGCUGCAAAGAAACGCGUCUGCCUGGUGAUGAGCACCAUGUCCCCAGUUCUGAAGUUCUUGAAGCAAUAGAAAAUGUUAUUGAAGGUGUAUUUAAAAGCUUGGCCCAAAACAAAGCACCUGUUUUGACAGUGGCUAGGAGAUCAGAUUGGAGAAAUGUAGAAUUUACAGAUUCUGUAGGUCUGCAGAUGGUGCCACGUUGUACUAUGAAACAAGUAAGAAGUGACUGUCCUAGAUCAGCAUCAAGAUUUGCUCUGAUGCUCAAAAUAUUAUCUAUGAUCUAUAAGAUGGUGCAGAGCAAUACUUAUGCAACUAAAAGAGAUAUAUAUUAUACAGAUACACAAUUGUUUGGUAGCCAGCUUGUUGUGGACAAUAUAAUCACCGACAUUUCAUGCAUGCUUAAGAUACCUCGGAGAAGUCUGCAUAUACUGUCUACAAUUAAUGGUUUUGUUGCUGGCAAUUUAAGUUACACAGAGGAAGAUGGUACAAAAGUGAAUUGUACCUGCGGUGCAACAGCAGUCACUGUGCCAUCUAAUGUUCAAGGAAUUAAAAAUUUAAUCUCACAUGCCAAAUUUAUGCUAAUCGUAGAAAAAGAUGCAACUUUUCAGAGACUGCUGGAUGAUGACUUCUGCAAUAGAAUGUCCCCAUGUAUAAUGAUUACGGGCAAAGGCAUACCAGACCUUAAUACACGACUUUUUGUCAGGAAGCUGUGGGAUUCUUUCCAAAUCCCUAUUUUCACCCUUAUGGAUGCAGAUCCACAUGGUGUGGAAAUAAUGUGCAUCUACAAAUAUGGAUCUGUGUCAAUGUCAUUUGAGGCUCAUCAUCUCACCGUUCCAUCUAUUAAGUGGCUUGGUCUUCUUCCUUCUGAUCUUGAGAGAUUAAAUAUACACAAAGAUGCCCUGAUUCCAUUUACAAAGCAAGAUCAAAAAAAGUUAGCAAGUUUACAAAAGAGACCUUACAUUGCUUGUCAGCCAAUGUGGAAAAAAGAACUGGAAAUAAUGGCAGCAUCCAAACUGAAGGCUGAAAUCCAAGUCUUAACUUCUCUUUCAUCGCAUUACCUUUCCAGAGUCUAUUUACCAAACAAACUGCAAUUUGGUGGAUGGAUAUAA